AUGCGGCGCGCGGGGCAGCUGCCCGGCAGCCGCCGUUCCUACGAGGGGGCCGUGCGGGAGCUUCUCCAGUCGGCCGCCCCCGGCGCCGGCGAGGAGGGGAGCCGGGCGGCGCGCCUGUUGUUGCUGCGCGAUGGGGCGGAUUGGGUCGAGCGGGCAGCGUCAGAGUUGGACGUGGCGGCUGCUGCUGGGGUGCUGCUGCUGCCGCUCGUGGCGCUGCUGCCGCGCGGCUGGCCUGCUGACGUCAGCGAUGAUGUCAGCAACGGCGGCGUGGGCGCGGACCCGUUUGCGGCGCUGUGGCCGGCGCUUGGGGCGGCGCAAGCAGAGGAGCUGCGCGCCGUUGCAUCGGGCUUGAUGGCAGCCCUGGAGCGCGGCGAUUACUCAUGGCUUGACGUCGCCGAAGCGCGCGAGGCCCGCGCCGCCGCUGACGCUGCGCCGCCCCGAGGCGGCGCGCCCCUGAGCGCGCGUGCGGCCGCCGCGGCGGCGCACGCAGUGUGGCUGGCGGCCGUGCGCCGCGGCGCCGGCGAGGAGGCGUGGGUGCAGCGGCUGGCGGCGCUCGCGGCGCAGGCACCCGCGGGCGUGGUGAACGGCUGGGCGGCUGCGGCGCUCGCGACAGAGCCUGACGAUGCAGACAUGGCAGCCGCCGGCCAGGCGGAUGCCACCCCCGAGGCCGCUGCCGGCCCCGACCUGCCAGCUGCCGCCACCGGGGCGUCCCUCGGCGAGGAGGUCGCCGUCCUCGUUGAGGAUUCCGAGGAAACAGGCAACGCAGCGGCCGAGGAUGAUGUGAUCGCGGCGGCAGCAAAGGAUCGGGGUGCGUGCGAGGAGGGCACCCGAAUCGAGGUCAAGUUUGAGGCCAGCGAGCCGCUGCCAUCGCCGCCGCCGCCGCCGCAGGCCGCUGCAGCUGCAGCGUCGGCCGCCGCGAGCGCGCCGGCGGCGCCGGCUGGCGGGGGGGCGGCUGGCGUCCAGCGGAGCGCCGAGGCUGCGCCGCCGCAGGCUGCUGCAGAUCUCGCUGCUAUUGCCUCAAUCCUGGAGCAGGAGGAGCAGGAGGAGCAGCAGGAGCAGCAGGAGCGGGAGCAGGAGCAGGUGGAGCAGGAGGAGCAGGAGCUGCAGGGGCAGAAGCAGCGGCAGGAGGAGGAGGGGCGGCAGUCUUCGGAGGCGGCCGCGCCCUGCGCCCAUGGACGGUCAGCCGCCGGCCAGCCGCUCGACGGCGACGCGGCCCUGGAGCCCGAGGCCGCGCCAGCCGCCGCCCCGCGAGCUGCGCCAGCCGCCGAGGGCGCCGGCCGCCCAGACAGCGGCGCCGACGGCGGCUGGUUCACGAAGGACUGGGUGGUCCGCACAGAGUUGGGCUUUAUUCUGCAUCAGAUGGCAGGCCUCGGGCCCUGGGAGCUCGAUGCUAACCUGGCGUGCGCGCUCGAGUAUCUGCAACGGAGAUUCAUGAAUUCAGACGCGGACGCGGCGCGCAUUCAGGCCUUUGAGCGCGCGCUGCCGGGCCUCAUGGAAGGCGGCCUCGCGCUGCCUGACCUCGACGCCGCCCAGCAGGAGCCACGUUAUGUCAGGUACUGCGUCGCGGCCGACGAGCUCCGUAAAGCCGCGGCGCGGGGCUGCCUGCCGGCGGCGGCCGAGGGCGGCGCGCUGCGGCCGGGGGCGGCGCUGGCGUGGCUCAUCGGCGUGGUGUCGUGGAAAGUCUGGGGGCAGAUGCUCGAGAUGGUCAUGGCUGCGGCCGGCGAGGAGGACCGGCCAUGGGGUUUGAGCUCGCCGUGA